GGGCUUCGUGGUGACUGUUGGAGGAGCAAAGAUGUAGAAGUUGAUGGCACACAUUGCAUCAUGGGCACAGAAGGCUCACAGGUAGACAUGGAUGGGCUUGGCUUGUCAAGAGGGACUGAUGGCGCGUCCGCCACGACGACUAACGACACAUUCAUGAAGAAAAGCCAAGUGGAGAAGACAAAAAUGUCCUUGCGCGUGGUGAUGGCUGCCUUGUUAGUGCUUCUCAUCCUCUUCACUUUUCUGGGCAACACGCUCGUGUGCAUGGCGGUGAUCAAAUUUAGACAUCUACGCUCCAAGGUGACCAACUUCUUUGUCAUCUCCUUGGCUGUUUCGGAUCUCUUUGUGGCUGUGCUGGUGAUGCCAUGGAAAGCGGUGGUCGAAGUAGCCGGUUUCUGGCCUUUUGGGGGUUUCUGUGACAUUUGGGUGGCUUUUGAUAUCAUGUGCUCCACAGCAUCAAUCCUCAACCUGUGCAUCAUCAGCAUGGACCGUUACUGGGCCAUUUCUAGCCCCUUCUGCUAUGAACGGAAGAUGACCCAACGGGUAGCUUCCGUUAUGAUUGGGGUGGCUUGGAUGCUCUCCGUUCUGAUCUCAUUCAUACCUGUCCAUCUGAGAUGGCACAAAGCCAGGAAGCUCCUUCCUGGUGAGGAAUCAGGCUCCAACCUCACCUGGACCCUCGAAGGGAACUGCGACUCUAGCCUCAACAGAACCUAUGCCAUCUCCUCAUCCUUCAUCAGUUUCUACAUUCCCGUCGCCAUCAUGAUAGUGACGUACACCCGGAUUUUCCGCAUCGCUCAGAGACAGAUACGAAGGAUCUCUUCUCUAGAGAGGGCUGUGGAACAUGCCCAGAGUUGCCACAGCAGUGAGUGUUCUCACGAGAUCUCCUUGAAGAACUCCUUUAGAAAAGAAACCAAGGUCCUCAAGACUCUCUCGAUCAUCAUGGGAGUUUUCGUCUUCUGCUGGCUCCCUUUCUUUGUGCUCAACUGCAUCGUGCCCUUUUGCGAUCCCGGCCUUCAUGAGAUGGGGAAGCUCCCCUGUAUCAGCGAUACCGUUUUCAACAUCUUUGUCUGGUUUGGCUGGGCGAACUCCUCUCUCAAUCCCGUCAUCUACGCCUUCAAUGCAGACUUCCGGAAGGCUUUUGCAGCCAUCUUGGGCUGCGGCCGCUUAUGUCCCAGCAAUGCUGUGGAGACGGUAAACUUCAGCAAUGAGUUGGUUUCCUACCACCAUGACACCACCUGCCAGAAAGACCUCGGGACCUUAAAUUACCCACACUUUCUCCCUCAUGCUAUAACUCUUCCAGGAGAAGAGGAGGAGGAUCUGGGGUUGGACAAGGCCCCCCAUUCACCUCAUGGUAACAGUGCAGCUGUUUUCUCGGCCAUUAUUCAUGAGGAGUACGAAACGGAUCUCUCGCUGGAGAAGAUCACUCCCUUUGCCGCCAAUGUGAUGGAUGAAGAGAGAACCAAGGAUGAUCAUGCUGAGGGAGACGGAAGCAGUGAACGCGAACUUUUUCCGUGGGUGGGAUGA